CCCCGUCCGUCGCCCAUGGCCGCCGCCGCGGCGCGCCGCGGGCUGCCCGCCCUGCUGCUGCUCGGCCGCCGGCCGCCCUGCCCGCGCCUGCCGGCCGCCCGCCGCCUGCUCACCGCCGCCGCCCCCGGGCCGGGGCUGGGCGCGCCGCGGGCUCCCGCCCCGCUCUGCGCCGCCGUCCGCAGCUACAGCCAGGUUACAGAUUCACCGUCCCGUGAAGGUCACCUCUCCGACGGAGAGCCAGAGUCACCCAAGGAAGAUAAUGACAGCGUCUAUCUCAUCAGGGCACAAGGAUUCCCUUUCUCCUGCACUGAAGAAGACGUGCUUACCUUUUUUGAUAGCUGUAGGAUUCGAAAUGGUGAGAACGGCAUACACUUCCUCUUAAACAGGGAUGGGAGACGCAGGGGAGAUGCCUUAAUUGAGCUGGAGUCAAAAGCAGAUGUCCAGAGAGCCUUGGAAAAGCACCUGAGGUAUAUGGGCCCGCGCUAUGUGAAAGUCUUUGAAGUACAUGAUAGUGAUGUAGAGGGCUUGCUACAAAGUCUGCGGGAUGAGUCACAAGCCAUAAAUGAUGGAGUUGUACUGCUCAGAGGCCUUCCCUUCAGCUCCACUGAGGACGAUAUUGCAGAUUUUUUUGCAGGUUUAAAGAUAACUGACAUAGCUUUCGUCUACCGGGGAGAAAGAAAAUCAGGAGAAGCUUUUGUGCAGUUCGCCACUCCUGAAAUGGCAGCUAAAGCCCUGUUACGACACAGGGAAUAUAUGGGAAGUAGAUACAUAGAAGUGUAUGUCAGUAGAAAGCAUCAAAUGCAGAGGCAUGUGCCUUACGACAGGCAGACGGUGACCUACCCCAGAGUAAAAGAACAUGAGUCCAUUUCUGAAGAAAGAGGAUUGAGCGACAUGGGAAGAUCUGAUGCUGAAAAAGAAAAUAAAAUGUGCAGGGAAGGAACGGAAAGCUCUGGGCAUGUUGCAGAAGCUGGGAAUAUCUCAUCACCGCUGCACUUUGUCCACAUGAGGGGCUUUCCUACCCAAGCUAGUGCCCAGGACAUAGUGAACUUCUUUGCUCCACUGAAGCCCACGAGGAUCAUGGUUGAAUACAACUCCAGUGGAGAUGCCACAGGAAAAGCAGAUGUGCAUUUUGAGAGCCAUGAGGAUGCAGCUGCUGCCAUGGCUAGGGAGGGGUCACAGCUGCAGUGCAGUGCCAUUGAAUUAUUCCUGAAUAAACAUCCAGAGGCAAAGGAAGACUGCUAGUGACAGUGGCACGAGCUCAGAUUUGGCCAAAGCAAACACAUUCCGUGGGUACAAGCAUAAAGAUCAAGUACAACCGCCGCUGCUCAGUAACAAGGAUAACCUGUAUAAAACCUAGUUCAGUGUUGUGUAAAAGCAUGUAAUAAAUUGCAUUGACAUACUGUGGAAA